AUGUGUUGGAUUAAGGAGAUCGAAUAUGUGUUUAACACUAUUAGGUGUCUAGAAGCAGAUAAAGCUCGAUUUGAUGUAUUUGUAUUGAAGUCUAAUGCUUUGUUUUGGUGGGAAGUUGUGUCAUUGCCCAGGACAUAUUUCUUACAAACCCUAUCUUGGGCAGAAUUUGUGAACCGAUUCAAAGAUCAGUUCUGUCCCAAGACGGCUGCAAGACAAAUGGAGGAAGAUGUUCUAAAGUUGGAACAGGGCAAUAGAACUGUUCGAGAGUAUACUGAGAAAUUCAUUGAGUAUUCCCGAUUUGCUGAACAUUACAUUUCGUCAGAAUUCAGAAAGGUGGAGAGGUAUAUUUGGGGUAUAAAACCGUCGAUCCGUAAAUUUGUGAUCGCCAUGAACCGAACUACCUUUUCACUAACUGUGGACGUGGCGGAAGUUACUGAACGAAACAAGAACAUACAGAUAGAGGGAAAGGUGGUUGGAAAGAGGAAAUGGGAAGGACCUUCGUCUAACUUUUGA